AUGGUAGAUUAUAUUAAAGGAGAAGAAGGAUUAAAAGCUAUUGUUAUUGUUUUUACUUUUAUUAAUGCUAAACCACUCUACAAUUUUACAGCAACGAUAAAAAUGAUAUGUAAAAUAUUUCCAAUAUCCGAUUUUUGGGAACAUGUAUGUAUUGUAUGGACUAAAUGUUUUUGUUAUAUGCCAAAAAAGAAACUAGUAAGACAAAUAGAAUCAAAGAAAGAGAAGUUUCUUCCAGAAUUUGAAAAAUUAGCUAAAAAAACAACAGGAGAUGAAAUAGUUAAAAUACCAAUGUUUUUUGUAGAUUCAUGUCCAGAUGAAGAUGAUGAUAAUAGUAGAUCCGAAGAAGAAAUUGAAAUGCUUUUAACAUGGGCAAGCAGUUUAUUACCAAUUAAUGUUGAGAGAGUUGUCAAAAAUGGAAUAGAAAAUGAAAUAACCAUUAUUGAAGAGAAGGAAUAUAUAGAAGUUGUUGAAGUAAAAAAUGGAUUUAUAAA